AUGGAAUAUAUUUUGCCAAUCUUAUCUUUCUUCUUCUUCUUGUUCAUUCUAUUGCUAAAACGUUUGAUUGGUAAGUGGCCAAGUAAGUUUAACCUACCUCCAAGUCCGGCAUGGUCACUGCCGGUGAUUGGACACCUUCACCUCCUCAAACCACCACUACACCGCACAUUGCACUCCCUUUCCCAAUCCCUCGGUGGAGCUCCAAUAUUCCGCCUUCGUCUUGGCAACCGUGUUGCUAUUGUGGUCUCCUCCCUCUCCGUCGCUGAAGAAUGUUUUACCACAAACGACGUUGUUUUGGCUGAUCGACCGAAAUUUACAUUCGGGAGACUCGUUGAGUACAAUUGCACCACAAUGGCCACUACAUCUUAUGGUGAUCACUGGCGGAAUCUGCGCCGUAUAGGGGCCAUCGAGAUCUUCUCAUCUCAUAGACUCGAUAGCUUUUUACGCAUCCGUAAAGACGAGAUCCAGCACUUGAUAUUGUGUCUCUCCAAAAACUCACAAUAUGAGUUUGCAAAGGUGGAGUUGAGAUCAUUGUUUGGGAAUUUCAAUAUCAAUAACAUCCUCAGGAUGAUAGCCGGAAAACGAUUCUACGGAGAUGGAACUGAGCACGAUGACGAUGCAAAACGCAUGAGGCUGCUGCUUGACGAGGCGGUAUCUAGUGCUGGAUUCGGACAUGCUUCCGACUAUAUUCCGUUCCUGCGUUGGUUUACACAUUAUGAGAAACGGGUCAAGAAAUUGGCAGUUCGGAUCGAUGAGUUUCUUCAAGGACUAGUAGAUGAGAAACGCGCACAAAAAGAAAAGGGUAACACUAUGAUUGAUCACUUGCUUUCUCUCCAAGAAACACAACCUGAUUAUUACACGGAUGUCACCCUCAAAGGACUCGUAGUUGUUAUGAUAUUCGCCGGAAAUGUAACGUUAACAAGAACGUUGGAAUGGGCGAUGUUGAAUUUGUUGAACCAUCCAGAAGUAUUAAAGAAAGCAAGGAUUGAAAUCGAUACGAAAAUUGGUUUAGACCGGUUGAUAGAUGAAUCUGAUACUAAAAAUCUACCAUACCUCCAAUGCAUUGUGGCAGAGAUUUUUCGACUUUACCCGGCAGCUCCAUUACUUGCUCCACAUAGGGCAACAGAUGAUUGUGUGGUUGGGGGUUACGACUUCCCACGUGGCACAACAUUAAUCGUGAACGCGUGUGCCAUUCACCGAGACCCGGAGAUAUGGGAAGAGCCAGAAAAGUUCAAGCCAGAGCGGUUUGAGAAAGAAGGGGAAGAUAAAAAGUUGAUGCCAUUUGGGAUGGGGCGGCGAGCUUGUCCCGGGUCAGGGCUAGCUCAGCGUGUUGUGAGUUUGGCUCUCGGAUCAAUGAUUCAGUGUUUUGAAUGGGAGAGAGUUGGAGAAGAAUUUGUGGGCAUUAGUGAAGCAACCACAAUGCGUCCAGCGACACCGUUGCAAGCCAUGUGUAGAGCUCGUCCCAUAGUCCAUAAAAUUCUCAAUGAUUUUGCUUGA